AUGAGGUUACUCAGUGAGAUAUAUGAGACAUGCAACUUUGUAACUAUGGAGCUUGAAAGCUUUGAAGCAGCAACAAAACAAGAAGUAUGGGUAAAGGCGAUGAAAGAAGAAAUCACAAUGAUUGAGAAAAACAAGACAUGGGAUUUAGUGGAUCAUCUUCAAGACAAAGAAGUAAUCAGAGUCAAGUGGGUCUACAAGACAAAGCUCAACUUUGAUGGCUCAAUACAAAAGCACAAGGCGAAGCUAGUUGCUAAAGGCUAUGCACAAUUGCCUGGGAUAGACUACAAUGAAACCUUUGCUCUGGUGGCACGUUUAGACACUAUAAGAGCAUUCGUAGCGUUAGCAGCAUAG